AUGUCAGAGCGAUCUCGCAUUGUCGAGACCGCUCUCGCAAAAUUGCGCAGCGACAAAGAGAUUGCAGACUUUACUAUUGCUUCAAGCAGUGGCAAAGAGUGGAAAGUGCACAAAUUUGUGCUGUUCAUGUACUCCGACGUUUUGUAUCGCAUGAGCACUUCCAAGGAGUUUAUGGAAUGCCAGAACGGACGCAUGGUGCUGCAGGACAUACAAGACAGAUCUGUUGGAGCUCUGAUCGACUACAUGUACUCUGCGGACGUUGACCUCUCGUACCUUCAGGUCAAUCUCGAAGACAUGCUCCCGCUCUACAUCGAACUGUGGCGCCUGGCGGAUAUGUACAACGUGAAGGGUAUGCAGCAAGACGUAUUGCAUCAGUGCAAACAAUGGGCUUUCGACGGACCAUAUGUGGAUGCCAUGUGCGCUGCCGUACCCACAGUUCAGGGCAAGGAUGAUGUGCCAGGGGAGAUAACGAAUAUGGUUGUCGGAGAAUGGGCCAAUAUUCUUAGGGCUGGGCUGAUGUACGACGACCCAUGCGGCAUGGAGAAGAUCGAGUCGGUACUCGAUGACUAUCCCAUGUUUGCCGCAGAAGUACUGAAAGAGGUGGCUAGAAGCAUAAUGGGGAACAGAUGGCCCUAG